AUGUCGUGUUUUAAUGAUGACUCGUCGUCCCAAACGAGAUCGUUUUCGAUUUCGAGAUCGAGUAGGCCUCCAUGCGCAAGUGCAUCCUUUUCGAAUUGCUUCAAGAGGCACUCCCUUGGAGACUCGGGCUCGCUUUCGGAGCCCGAGCCCGACGGGCUCCAGUCUAUGCCCAGCAUAUUCAAGAAAUCAUUAGCCACCGAAUCUAUCAGGUCAUCCGAGACGGGAAACCUCGUGAAGGUCCUUCACGUCCUCCGAGGGCUGGUCAAACGUCGACAGCCUGGCAGGGAGACUCUCCACCCUGCGAAUCACACUCAGCUCACCCGUCAAGUCAAACGGGUCAAAGAGGGCCCGCGGGCUCUCAGGCACGCUGUGAUUACUGUCUCCCCCAUUCUCAACCACUGCAUACCCAAAGCUGACGUGGACUGUGGCCCCUCGGGCCUUACCCGAGAGCCCGAAGCUCGUCGUCCAUUUCCCGGAGCUCUUUUCAUUCUCGAGCUCAUCGAGCGUCAGAGGAAGCAGGCGAGUCACGUCCACACGAUGUCGGCCCAAGUCAAGAUCGGGCGAGUUGUACACAGACGCGUACAGAAGGAAGUUCUUGGGCUCAUAUCGGGCCGAACGGUGGGGUCCACUUCUAUUUCCAUAAACGAUGCAUGA